CGCUGGGAUGCACACUGGGAAAAAAGUGCGGAUGGAAAUGCCACCGAGUGGGUUGGGCACUUUUCUCUUCCCUUUUACCAAACUAUAAGUCUGCAAUGGAAAGCGGCUCGUUGAAGCGACGCAAAGCGAUCUGUUCUCCGAGAAGAAGCUGCUCCGCUGCGCGAUCGAUCGUCGCCAAGUCAUGAAGCUCCACAUACUGCUUGCCGUGUCCUUUGCCUGGGCAGCCCGCCACACAGCACCACCAACCUACCGGCGGCGCGACCCUGCUACCUCUGAGGUGCUGCAGUGCGAGCAGUGCCCACCGGGCACGGUGGUAAGGAGGCACUGCGGUCCCAGGAGGCCCACAGUAUGUGAGCCGUGUCCCGCGGGGACCUUCGCCGAGCAGUGGCACUGGGGCGAGACGUGCCGGCACUGCACAGCUAUCUGCAAGGAGAAGCAGUUGGUGCGGCACGAGUGCAACAGUACACACGACCGGCUCUGCGAGUGCGCCCCGGGCUACUACAUGGAGGUGGAAUUCUGCGUUCGGCAUGCUGUUUGUCCCCCCGGCAUGGGAGCAGCUGUCUUGGGCUCCCCAGAGAGGAACACCGUGUGUGAGAGGUGUCCCAGGGGCCACUUCUCCAGCGUGGCCUCCGCCACGGAGCACUGCGCUCCACACAAGAACUGCAGUGCUCUGGGGAGGAGGACCCUUCGCGCCGGGACGCCGGCACAUGAUACCGUGUGCGAGGACGAAGCCCAGUGCUCCCAGCUGCGAGAUCGGUGCCUCUCAGAUGUGACGCUAUGCGAGGAUACCAUGUUCCAGUUCCUGGCGUCGCAGCAGCUCUGCUGGCACCAGGUGGACUGUCUCUGGGACUGGCUGCCUGGCCGCAAGGUGGACAGGAGGAGUGCAGAGUGGACAAAGGAGGCGUGCAGCCCCCUGCAGGGGGCGCUCCGACUACUCAGCCUGUGGAGGGAUCAGAACCGUGGCCAGGAGAAGCUCUUCGGCAUCAUCAGAGGCCUGAACCACUGCGAGAAACUGCUGUCAAGGUGUGCAAGGCCUGACAACCUGACCCUGGAUGACCUCAGAGCAGUGGUGGACAGCCUUCCAGGCGACCCAGUGGGGGACAAAGACAUCCGGCUGGUGCUGCGCUCCUGUCGGCCCCGGGAGCACUUGCUCCGCAUCCUACGCGCAUGGAGAGUCCAGAACCCGGAGCAGGAUGUGGCCAAGGGUCUGGCACUGGGGCUCAGCAAGCUCCGCCACCGCAGUGUCCCAAGGCAACUGUACCGGAGCAUCCGCAAGAUUGGCAAGGUGCUCGGCACUUUCUCCGCACAAAAGGCCAACGAGAAAACGUUCUCGGAUUUGAUCCGGGGUGCCACGUGCCUCACGUCCAAAUCGUACAACAACUAAGACUUCGCGACCAAACCAUGAACUUCAUCGCACGGUCGUUUAGUCCACCAUCCUCCAAAAACGGAAUAAGGUGAUGAGCAGGAACUGUGUGUUUGCUUUUUCCUUUCUUUUUUUUUUAGAAAUUCCCUGGAUGAAGGGACGUUUCUUCCCAAAAUACUAAGCAUGUAAAGAGUUUUUACAUUACUGUACAAAAAAUGUAAUUUAUUCCGUUUUUAAUUAUGAUAUUUCAGACAAAUAUGAAGCUUUGUC